UGUUAAUUGGAAUAUUGAGAAAAUGUUUUAAUACACUUAGGUAUAAUAAAGAUUUUACUUAGAGAAUAAUUUAACCAACAAUAAGAAUACCUGUAUAGACUUAAUAAUAGUCUAUCUUAAUACCAUUAGAAAAGUCGAGUUAAUUACAAUCCACUAGAAGAGUUUCAUAAAACAUGGAUUAGCAAAUUUCAAAUGUUUCUCCAAUAAGAUAAAUCAUGAAUAAAGUUCCAGUAAGUCCAAAUGUCAUAAAAUAUUCUUAAUAACCCUAAAAUACAUCAAUGACGCCAUAAAAAAUUCCCUAUAAUUAACGUUAAAAUUAGACUCCUACUAAGCAUCUAAAUUAAUAAUCAAGAACUCUUACUCCAAAUGUAUUAUCAUAACAGAGAUAGAGCAUUACAAAUAAAUAAUAUAUUUAAUCUAAUAGAGUUCAUACUGAUGCUGGUUUCUCUACUCCUUUACAUAAUCAAAGAGAGAAAGAGAAUUAAGAGUAUUCAAAUGAUAAUCUAGCUGCAUAAUAUUAAAAUUUAUAAGAGUAAUUGAUACAGUCAGAAUUUAAAAUUAGUUAGCUUGAACAAAAAAGUAGAUAAUUGUAAGAAUAAAGAAAGAAAUUAUAAUAAUAGUUUUUAUAGAAGUCUCCUAAGCUAGCUUCGCAUUUAUGA